AUGAAAAUCAGCACCAUAUACCAUAAACCCGAGGAAGUCUGCAAGGAGAGAAAGAAGGAUGUUCAGUAUUCAAGCUUUGCUAAAGACGAGGUUUACCAUCCGUUCAUGAGAGAGAGGGAGUUUGUGAGGGCGCUUAACGCAGUUAAGAUUGAAAGAAUGCUGAGCAAGCCAUUUGUCGCGGCACUAUCCUACCAUAAAGAGGGGAUACAUGUGCUUGCCAGGCAUCCCCACCAGUCUCUGUUUGCAUCUGGGAGCUUUGAUGGGCAGGUGAUGCUAUGGGACAUGGAGCAGAGAAACCUUCUCAAAAGGUUUGAGUGUAACAACCCAAUAAAAGGACUUGGAGUAGAUAGGGAGGCGAAUGUGUAUGCGGGGCAGGGAAAGUCGGUCAGAAGACUGGGAGAUGCCAAGGUAUACCACUGCAAUUCAGAGGUGCUGGAUCUAGACAUGAUGGAAACGCUGAAUGUAGGAACCUCGAAAGGGAUAGAGAUAUUUGACCUUGAGAGAGACUUUCCUAAGCAGCAGAUGAGCACGAAGUAUCCCCUGUGCAUCAGCUCUAGUCCUGUGCUAACAAGCAUAAUAGGAGUUGGGGAGCAGGGAGGGCUUUCUCUGUUUGAUGCCAGGGUUGGAAAGAUAGUCCAUUCUGUGUCCAUAGGAAGUAAAACCAACGGCAUAUCAUUCAGCCCGAACGGGGACGUGUUUGUGUCAGGAGACGAGGAUUCCUGCAUCUAUCUUCAUGAUAUAAGAUACCUGCACGAGCCCAGUGGAGUAUACAGGGGCCAUGGAAAUGCCGUUCUCUCCGUAGCAUUCAAUUCCCUUGGAACGGAAAUAGCCUCUGGAAGCUUCGACAAGACGAUUAGGAUCUUUGGUGUUAACGAAAGAAAAAGCAGGGACACUUAUUACAACAGACGGAUGCAAAAUGUGUUUGGAGUGAAAUACUCGCACGACUCCCAGUUCAUUGUAUCAGGAAGUGAUGACGGAUCAGUAAGGUUGUGGAAAGGAUAUGCCUCGAGGAAGCUGGGCCCGCUGAGUAGAAAGGAGAAGGAUGCCCUUGAGUACUCCAAGGCGCUGAAGGAGAAGUACGAGGACGUUGGAGAAAUAAGAAGAAUAGCCAAACACAGGUUCCUACCCAAGCCUCUAAAAAACACGCUUAAGAGAAUCCAUGAGUCCCACGAGGCUGCCGAAAGAAGACGGAAGGCAAGAGAGGUCGAGGAGGAAUUUAUAGGAUAG